CGGGGCCGGGACUACUACCGCGUACAGCUAGGCACAAGCUUUUCCCUCUCUUGGCAACUCUAGGGGCCCUUGGUGUAGAAGGCCUCUCCCAGCAACAUAGCAAGGGGAUUUGUCGUUGCAGAGCAGGCAUGGCUAAUGCUAAGAAGCUAGAGGGGUUUCACAAAGAGAGGCAAUGCGAGCACCGAUACGAGAGGGACUAGAAGAAGAUAAAUAGUAGGGGAAAUGUCUCCAUGGAAAUCAUCUCCUCCCCAACGCCAGACUCGUUCCUCACGAGGCACAUCGGACUGUCUUAGGACAGCAUAAGUCAUCAUGGCAGGCCAUACUAGCCUCCAUGCGAGCACCUCAGCAAUCCUCCAAAAAAUGGCUUCCCGCGUCCUAGUUUUGACAACCCUCCUCUCGUACUUAUCCCUCAUCCCCGGCGUCUCGGCCAUGUACUUCGUCUCCCGCGAGGAAUGGGGCGCGCAACCCCCCAAAGAGCCCUAUAAAGACAUGACCAACGCAAAGGGAGUCAAGAUCCACUACCUCGGCGCCGUCUUCAGCGGCCGGGAGCACGCCCAAUGCGACGACAUGAUGCGCUCCGUGCAAGCCGACCAGAUGUCGGGAGAGUACUUCGACGUCGCGUACAGCCUCGCCGUCUGCCAGCACGGCUACGUGUACGACGGCAGGGGCAAGGGGCAUAAGAGCGGCGCCAACGGGGACCAGCAACUCAACUCCGACCAUUACGCUGUUCUCGCCUUCCUGGCAAAGUACGAAAUUACGCAACCAACCCAGUCGCAAAUCACGGGCAUUCAAGACGCCAUUGCGUAUCUGCGCCGGGCCGGCGCAGGCAACGAGAUCAAGGGCCAUCGAGACGGAUACAAUACCGAGUGUCCCGGCGAACCUCUCUACAAGUUGGUCAAAGACGGGACCCUUGAUCCGGGGAAGCUCUGGGAUGGCGGGAGCCACGUCGUGCAGAACGGCGAGAGCCUGGACAGCAUCAGCCUCAAGUACAACGUCCCCAGCCGCUACAUCAUCGAUGUGAACAAACUCAAGGCACCGUACACGCUGGUCAUUGGCACGAAGCUCGAGAUCCCCGCCCGUGGUGUCCCGCUCGGUGAGAAGCCCGACCCGGGAGAUGGCGGCGACGGCGGUGGCACUCCGUCUCCGGACCUCACGCCGUUCCCAGGAGCAGAGUGGUUCAAGUCCAAGCCGUACAGUUCGGUGAUCACGGCCAUGGGCAAGCGCUUGGUCGCUGAGGGAUGUAACAAGUACAGCGAAGGCCCUGGCCCACAAUGGACCGACGCCGACCAGGCGGCGUACAAGUGCUGGCAGCAGAAGCUGGGCUACACGGGCGCCGACGCCGACGGCUGGCCGGGUCAGACGAGUUGGGACAAACUCAAGGUCCCGCGGACGGCGGACGGGGACGUCGGCAGCCAGCGCCUGACGCCCUUCCCCGGCGCCGAAUGGUUCAAAUCCCAGCCCAACAGCCCCAUCAUCACCGCCAUGGGCAAACGCUUGGUCGCGAAUGGCUGUAACAAAUAUUCACAAGGUCCUGGCCCCCAGUGGUCCGACGUCGACAGGAACUCGUUCAAGUGCUGGCAGGAGAAACUGGGAUUCACGGGCGCCGACGCUGAUGGCUGGCCCGGCCAGACGAGCUGGGACCGCCUGCGCGUCCCUUGGACGGGCGACUUCCCCGCCCCGGACCCCAUCCUCUACGAGCCCUUCCCCGGGGCGGAUUGGUUCAAGACGCGGCCGUCCAGCUGGAUCAUCCUCGAGCUGGGCAACCGGCUCGUAGCCGAGGGAUGUGACAAAUUUGACACGGGGCCUGGUCCCGAAUGGACCGACGACACGCAGAAAUCGUAUGCGUGCUGGCAGACGAAACUGGGAUACACGGGUGAAGACGCGGAUGGGUGGCCCGGAGCCGCUAGCUGGAGCGCGCUCAAAGUGCCUCGUGUGACGCCCUUGCCUGUCGAACCGUUUCCGGGCGAGGCGUGGUUCAAGACCGCGCCGAAGAGUCCUAUCAUUACGGAGAUGGGGAAACGGCUUGUUACCCAAGGUUGCAAUGAAUAUCAGUCUGGUCCUGGUCCUCAGUGGACCGACGCGGAUCGCAACUCUUAUAAGUGCUGGCAGAAGAAGUGUGGGUAUACGGGGAGUAUGGUGGAUGGGUGGCCUGAGAAGGAUACUUGGGAGAAGCUGGUGGUUCCGAGGACGAGUAGCUAGUGGACGAGACGUUGCUAGAGGAGGGGAUUUUAAGCGGGCAACGUCCGUACUGGAGUGGAAAUCGGCCGAGUGUCUGUCUCUGUGGCUGACUGUGAUGGAUAUAGAAUGAGCAUCGAGCGAAUACCAGACGCUGAUUUAUACGAUUAUAGCAAAAGUACAGUGCAUGCACGCUGUGAAGUCAAAUAAGUCUUUGGAAUGUUCAG